AUGGAAGAGAGUGAGAGAGUGAGGGAGGUGAUAAGGAAACAAGUGGGAGAUGAUUGGGAUGAUGAAGUGAUGAGCAGAGCCCGAUUCAAGGCGUUGAGUGGCCAGAGAUCCGACUGGGAACCCACUUACCUCUUCUGGAGAGAUUUAAUUCUCAGCGUUGCUCGCCAACUCGGCCUUUUCAUCAUCAAACCAUCUCACCUCAACAACCAAUGGUUCAAUCGAGGAGGCCUCAACCCAUUAUCCCUCGACCGUGUCUUGUUUGAAAUGUAUAAUGAAGGUGAGAUUGUGCUGCCCAGCGUGGAUCUUGUGGACCCCACUGCAGGGCGUCUCUCCCAGGUUUUCACAAGACUUACCAACUCCAUGAUUAGGAGGAGCAGGACCACCACUCCUCAACUUCUUAUGUCCCAGGAUCGUCUCAUUCUUACCUCACUUUUGAAGGAUAAAGCUGUUGAAGUUGUGAAACUUUUAUCCGAAUGUCAUUGGACAUCUUCGUGCAUUGUCACCAUGAAGAGGUUCCAGGACAUAUGUGGAGGAGCCUAUGAAGCUUCUGCACUCUUGUCUCACUUGUCAGCACAAGGCAAGGCACGCUAUCUCUCACUUUACAAGGGAGACUUCAUAGAGGGUGUGAAAGUUUCCCUCUCAGCAUCUUCCGUUCCUAGUAUUUCAAGUCUAGAUUGCGAUGUUCUGCACCUGAUUUGUACAACAGAAAAGCUUCAACAACAACUUAAUGUGAUUGACCAACGUUGUCAAACGUCAAGAAAAUCAGCAUUAGCUUGUUUGAAUUCUGGAAACAAGAAAGUGGCGCUGAGGCAUGUGAGGCAGUUAAAGUUGGCCAAUGAGAGUAGAGAAAAUUGUGCAACGCUCUUGAAUAGAGUGGAGGAAGUCCUCGAUGUUAUUGCAAGUGCUGAAUCCACAAAGAAGGUUUCUGAAGCCAUCCAAAUUGGAGCUCAAGCAAUAAAGGAAAAUAAGAUGAGUGUGGAAGAAGUCCAACAUAGCUUACAAGAAAUUGAGGAGAGCAUUGAUACACAAAAGCAAAUAGAAAAUGCUUUAGAAUCAACUUCGUUGUACACAAUUGUUGAGGAUGAAGAAAGUAUUGAAGAGGAGUUCAAGAAAUUAGAGCUGGAUAUUGAGGUUAACAGCGCAGGAGAAACAGAGGCUUCGAAAUCCGCUGAAUCAUUGAUAGACUCCUUAUCAAAUCUCAAGCUUGUGGAUGAUGGUCUAGCAAGAACACCAGCAGUUCAGGGCACUGUCGAAACAAUAAGAAACAACAAAACAAAAACUCCUGUGCUUGAAACUGCCUAA